ACGCCGUUUUUUGGCCCUAGCACUCAAGGACGCACGAGUUUUGAUAAGGAAGGAUCGCGAGUGAAUUCUCGCACAGCUGUGCGCAGCGUGAACGAGGCGAUGCAUCUGGGCGCCCACCACGAAGAGCUGCGCAGGGCAGGGCACGCGAGGCGCAGACUACUCGCACUAAACACGGAGCCCGACUUGAAACGACUCAUCACGUACGCUGAAAAGUACCCCAAGGGCGCGACGCCGACAUCCAUCCCCGGCGGCCGCGAGGUCGCCGACGCGUUAUCACUGGGCGAACGCAUGACCGUGCUACGAGAGCUGCGCUCCGCGAUUAAACCGGAGGUCGCGACGUGGACGCCGAACGUGAAGGACAAGGUCCUGUGCGCGGGGUCGUGGCUGCCGGCCGGCGAGGAACCGGUCUACGAGACGACGGACGUCGUCGUCGGCGACCGCACGUACGCCGUCAAGCAGUGCACGCAGCACUGCCUCGGCAGCGGCUCGCGGCUGUGGGCGUCGGCCGUCGCGCUGUCGCGGCACCUCGUGGGCAAUCCAAUAGUGCGCGGCAAGCGCGUCGUCGAGCUUGGCAGCGGCGUCGGGCUCGUGGCACGAGUCUGCUGUGACCUGGGGGCGGUCGUUCUCGCGACGGACGCCGAAGAACGUCUGCUGGACGUCGUCCGGGCGAACGCUCCGGCCGCUCAAGUAAAACGCCUCGACUGGGCCACGCCGGACCUGUCCGAUACUUUUGAUGUCGUGCUUGGCGCGGACCUCAUCUACUCGUCGGGCGCGAUGGCAUCCGGGCUCCUCGAGACGUGUACGUCGUUGUGUCGAUCGGGCGGUCGACUAUUACUGUGCGUCCCGGCGGGGCGGCACGGCCUGGACGAGCUCGUCAACGCGAUCAAUCAGGACGCGCGCUGGGGCGCCGCCGCCGUCGAGCGGUUCUGCGCAAAUGACGUGGCCGAGGGCCACGCGUUCCUCCUGGUCGGAGCGACGCGGUCGGAGCCCGUGCCGCACCCCGUGCGCGCGGACGCUCUGGCCUUGCGCCGGUCGGGGCAACUGCCCGCCUCUUCCGGGUUUUGCGGCGAGCCGAGCGGCCUGCCCCUGCCGAGA